GGAAGAAUUGCAAUAGCAACAAAACACAGUCCGGGUAACGUCUGAAUCUUUCUGCUGUUUGCAAAUGCUGAGUCCAGUAACCUUUGAAGAUGUGGCUGUGUACUUCACGGAAGGCCAGGUGGCCUUAUUGGAUCCAAACCAAAGAGCCUUGUACAGGGAAGUCAUGAUGGAGAAUUACGAGAACAUGGCCUCAUUGGGAUUUCUAUUCAUCAAACCUGCUCUCAUCUCCCAGCUGGAGCAGGGAGAAGAGCUAUGGGUGCCAGAGUCCCUGGACUGGGAUGCUGCAGAGACCUUGGACACUUCAGGUGAAGGAUCAAGAUGAGUACCGGAAAAGAUGCUUGGGCCCCAUUUGUGGGAAGUACUUAACUCAGGAAUUGAAUCUUGUUGGACACCAGGAACUCCACACAGCAGAAAAACCUUAUGAAUGCAUAGAGCGUGGGAUGUGUUUUGUUGAGUGGCUCUCAUUUCUUAAUCACCAGAAGGUCCGUAAAGGGGAGAAACCCUAUAAGUGUGUGGAAUGCAGAAAAAGCUUCCCUUCUCAGUCCUUGUGACCCACCAGAGAGUUCACACUGGGGAGAAGCCCUGUCUGUGGCCAGAGUGCAGGAAAUGUUUUGCUCAACGUUCAUACCUUGUGACCCACCAGAGAAUCCACACAGGAGAAAAACCAUACGAAUGCUUAGAGUGUAGGAAAUGCUUUACUCAACAGUCCCAGCUCCUGGCCUAUGAAAGAAUCCAUACAGGAGAAAGACCCUAUAAAUGCCCAGAGUGUGAAAAAUGUUUUACUUGUCAGUCAAACCUGAUGACCCAGCAGAGAGUUCACACAGGAGAGAAGUGCUAUAAAUGUCCCCACUGUGGGAGAUGUUUUACUCCGCACGCACGCUUGCUAACCUAUGAGAGCGUCCACGCAGGAGAGAAGCCGUAUAAAUGUCCUGAGUGUGGGAAAUGUUUUACUCGGCUGUCAUACCUUAUGACCCACCAAAGACUUUGCACAGAAGAGAAGCUUUACCAAUGUUUGGAGUGCGAGAAGUCUCUUGCUGACAACUCAACCCUAGCACAACACAAGAAGGGUCCACACAGGAGAGAAACCCUAUCAGUGUUUUGUAUGUGGGAAAUGUUUUACACGCCAGUCUCCUCUUCAGACUCAUGAGAGAGUCCACAUGGGAGAGAAACCCUCUCGAUGCCCCGAGUGUGGGAAAUGCUUUGUGAAUCCCUCAGGCUUUUCGAAACACAAGCGAGUGCACUUGGGAGAGAGACCCUAUAAGUGUUUGGAGUGUGGGAAAUGUUUUGGUCAGCGAUCGCAUCUUGGGACCCACCAAUGAAUUCACUCUGGAGAGAAGCCCAAUGCCCAAAGUGUGGGGAAUGUUUUGCUGACCUCUCUGGCUUUGUGCAACACAAGAGGGUUCACAAGGGAGAGAAUUCCUAGAAAUGUUAAAAGGGGUGGGUACAUUUUUGCUCACAGUUCGAUUAUAAGGCCUACUGGAGUGGAAUCUUACAAUUAUUUAAAAUGGAAAAAAAGGCAAACAAAUGAGAUUUUCUGACAACACCUCAAAUUUUAGCAAUUUCUUCCCACAGGCAGAAAAUUGGCUCCUCAUCAGUGAUUCGUUCCUGCAUUGCAGCUCCAUGAAAAAGUGUGACAUUUUCUUUUUGGUUGCCAUACUUCAUAAUUCACUUCUGCUGACUCUUGACAUCUUUUAUUAAUUCCAUACAGUGUGAUAUCUCAUGUGCUAGAAUCAUCAUUGUGGGUUUGGAGCCCAAGAAAGUCACUCUCUCCGUGGUGAUAGGGACGCAACCCAGUUUUUCCCCCCUCAGUCAUCCAGAGGUGCCGCCAUUUUGUUGUGAUGCACCCCCUGCUGCCAAACCACCUGGCUGAGCCACUCUGUAAUAAUAACCAACAAUCCCCCGGCAGCCUGUGUAGCUUCCAUCUGUGAAGUUCCUCAUGUAUCAUGAAAGAAUGGAGAAGGAAAUCUCUUAAUGGAACAGAAGCAAGUUCUUCUUGUUCAUUUCGCCCCACGUUUUGGGUCAUUUUUGAUGACCCAGUCACCAGUCCCUUCCCCAAGAAUAUUGGAUACUUUUUUUUUUUAAUCCUAAUGUGAUUUGAAGAAAGUUCUGUUUCGCUCACAACGAAAGCAUUUAAUUGGGGAGCCAAGCCAUUCAGAGAUACUGCUCAGGAAAGGAAUUAUGUAUAUGUAAGGGAAAAGGCUUUGUUUGAAAGGAACCCCCGUUUCCAUUGAAAGAAAUCCGUAUGCAAGGAAAGCGACAUGGAGAGGGGCUGUGAUUCUGUAUGAGAGCAUCUCUUUUGCAUGCAGAAGGGCCCAGAUGUCCCAGCAUCUCCAGUAGUCAGAGAUAUGAAAAAUCUGAGACUCUGCCAAUCAGAAUAGACAAUAUUGACCGUGUUAGACUCAGUAGAAGGCAUUAUGUGUUGAAGGUCUUGCAUGCAGAGCAUUUAUUUGGAAGCAGUCCCAGGAUAUGUUGGGUUCAAUUUGUAUGGCAGUUUUCCAAGUUUUGGUCACUCAGUUUACCGUGUAGGCGGUUGGGAUUAACUAAUGCACAUCCAUAGGUGGAGGCCUUUUCUUCCUUUCUCCUUGAUGUUUUGUUUUGCUGUUGUGUUGUAAUAUUUGUCACUAGAGAAAGGCCUCUUCUUCAGCACUUGUAUGGUUCCAGUGUUUCACUUGCUUGUAUGAUCCCACUCUGAAAAUGAAGCUGUCUUACUCCUUGUGCUAAAAAUAACACUGAAUCCUCUGGCACCUUAAAAAUUAACUUGUGUGGAUUGACUUUUUGUCAUCAAAAGUUUUGGCCAGCAUGCUGGAAACGGAUGGUAUGAAAUCUUGAU